GCCACCAGCGCCUGACCGCCUCUUCGUCUCGCCCAUCUUUCCCAUUUCUGCCCUUCAUCUUCCCCUUCGUGCUGGCCACCCAACCGCCCGAUGCUCUGAGUUCUCUCGCUUUCUUCGCCCCCCUUCGCCAUCUCAGCGGUCCGUGACCGCGAGUACUCUCUGCACACCCUCUCGUUUCUGUUCCUUGGAAUCGGAUCCAUCGGGAAAAGGGCUAGCGCUGCUAUGAGAUUCCACCCGUCGCAACAGCGAGACCAAAAGUCUAACCAUCCAUGCAGCCAAUUCAGCCAAUUCACCGACGACCAGGAUUUUCUGCAAUGUUGCCAGAAUCACCCCGCCGCCGCCCCAUGUAAAGGCCCUGCGUCAAGCGCUAUAAUAUCGUCAGCAUCCGCAGAGCUACAGAGGGCGACCGGCGGAACUAUCCCAACGACGUCGGACGACGGCGCAUUCACGAAUCCGACGACACAAACCCCGCUGUCGUCGGAUUCCACCGCGUCUCCCGCCACCGACAACGCCAACACCGAUAGCUCAAGUCUCAGCGGAGCAGACAGCGGUCCCUCAUCCAGCGCGACUGCAAACGCCUCCGCCGCCUCAAGCACAACAACAACCCCGCCAUCCUCGCCCACCUCCCCCUUCCCCUCAAGCACAACAACCCCGCCAUCCUCGCCCACCUCCUCCUUCCCACCCCCCGCCACCCCCUUCCCGUCCCCGUCCCUCACGUCUCCGUCCGUCCCGCACCAACAACCCACCUCCCCCACCGAAACGAUCUCGCGCCUCCCCGCCUCCGCCUCCGCCUCCGCCUCCUCGAGCACCCCCCGCGGCGCCGCCGCCGCGCACCGCGCCCUGCCCCCCGGCGCCAUCGCCGGCAUCGUCCUCGCCCUCGCCCUCGUCCUCGCCCUCGCCCUCUCCGCGCUCUACCUCGCCCUCCGCCGCCGCCGCCAGCGCCGCGCGCCCUCGCACGAGUUCACGCAGCGCGCAGCAAAAGGAGGAGAAGCAAAAGGAAGAGAGGGAGGAAAGGAAGGAAAGGAAGGAAACGGAGGGGUGGGAGACGAGUCUGCACCCGCGCGUGAGCCGUGGACGACGUUCGGCGAGACGGCGGCCGGCGACGACGACGACGACGCGCCGCCGCCCGCGUUCGCGCCCGGCGCGUUCCGCGACCCGGUGUUCGAGAAGGUGUCCGAGUCGCGCGCGGCGCUGCAUCGGCAGUACACCCGCGAGCAGGAGCAGGAGCAGGAGCGGGAGCGGGAGCGAGCGGAACGGGAGGCGGAAGAGGAGGAGGCGAGGAGGAGGAAGCAGCGGCACGAGGCGAAGAGGCGGAAGGCGAAGCGGGAGCGGGAGAGGAGGGGGGAGGAGGGGCUGUUGGUGUAGCAUUUUCGCGAUCUGCGGUGGUACGGUUCGACUCCUCUCCCUCGCCUCGGGAGAAACAACACUCGAUGGGUUUUCUCUGUGUUCGAUUCUUUCGUUUCCCGGUGGCCAAGACGAGCUGCCAACCGUUCUUUGUUUUCUUUGCUUUUUUGUUCCUUUUUGCGCGACGUCCAAUCGAACGUCUCGCACGUUUUAACCUCGUGUGAUUAGAAACGACGGAACGCAUGUGCCACCAACGAUCGUCCGUUUUUCACGUUCAACGUACAUAACUUAUUCCUUUCGUAACGUAUGCCACG